CUUGUGGCUUUUGGAACUGGUAUUACCGUUGGACUUAUCUUGUCAUGCUGCUAUGUGGUGGGAGUUGUGCAGAGGGAGAACAUGAUUGCCAAGAAUGUGGCUCUUGGCAACCGUCCUGCUCAUUAAUUAGGUUGCCUGUGAAGGUCUUAUUAAUGCUCUUAUUCACCCUCCAAUGUUAUUACCGUGUGCGACAAAUGCUGCAGAAGAGGAUGAUGGUACGCAUAAAAAGGGAACACAAAGGAAAUAGUGGUGAAAUCCAAAACACUAGAUCUUUGAAAAGCGUAAGGCUGAUCAUGACACCACUGAUAGGCAUCAUGUUGAGUAACUGCGAUGUAUCUGUCCGCAUGUCUUGCUUGAACACAUGGUGUUAUCUAUUACCUAGACUUGAUACCUUUCUGAAUGAUUCUUCAAUGAUUAACCGGGUAGUAGACCCUAUGUUUGAAGCAGCUUUUCAACUUGAUCCUAAUGGUUCUGAUUUUGGCAAGGACAAAUCAUUGAAGUUCCUGCAGCUCUGGAUCUAUCGAAGGUUGAUAGAACAGAUCUAAUGAGAAAAUUAGUAUAGUAGUUACAUGUCUAAUGACUGCUGGAUAUAUGUUGGUUGAUCUUUUACCAGUUUUUCUUCAUUCAUUUUCUCGAGCUCUUACUUCACCUGUAGAACUCAAUCCAUUUGCAAAUAUGGAAUAAGCAUUUUUUUUUUUAAUUCCAUUUCUACAGGCCUGGAGGAGUACUAGAUAUUUGUGUGUACAUGUUUGAACUCUACAGGUUAGGCUAUUAGUUUUAGACUUUCAGUUAUGUUAGUUUGCUUGUUUUGAUUUCUCAUACUUUACGGACCAAUUUUCUGUCCGUAAAGUUUGGCCACUUUUU